AUGAGCUUAGCUAAUAAUACCACAUUAAAGAAGACUUCGUCAUCUGGUACAACUGAUUCGCCUUAUCUUGGCUCGAAAAUUAGUCUUGUAUCCAAAGCUAAAAUUCGUUAUGAAGGUAUUCUCUAUACAAUCGAUGCCAACGAAUCGACUGUAGCACUUUCCAAAGUGCGUUCGUUCGGUACUGAAGAUCGUCCAACCGAUCGACCAGUGCCAGCUCGGGAUGAAAUCUUCGAAUAUAUUAUCUUCCGUGGUGCUGAUAUUGAAGAUCUUCAAGUUCGUGAACCACCACAAACUUCAGUGACUCAAGAUCCCGCCAUCGUCGAAUCAUCUGCCUUCUCCGAUAAUUCUCGUUCAAACACAAUUGGAACGAACACCAAUCUCGGAGGAUUAUCACAAAAUGGUCAAACACGUUUAUUAUCAAACCGUGGCACUAUGCCAUCACCACCUCAUCGUCAAGGCUCUGGCAAAGGUUUCAAAUCUUUUGAACCAUACCGUCAAAUGAACUUCAACCAACGUUCAUCAAGACAAUUCAACCAACAAUCACCAUUAGCUCAAUACGAUGGUCAAGAUUAUGCUUAUGGCAACCAACGACGCGGCCGACAACAAGAUUAUUACAACGAUUAUUUACCAUCGCGUCGCGGUAAUGGUUAUGGUGAAUGGGCUCCACGUCAAUCACAACGUUUUUCAAGACCAAUGCAAAACUUUAACGAAGGCCGAUUCUAUCCAUCAAGACGCCAACCAUCAUCCGGAAGAUUCAGUUAUCGUCCACGACGCAAUUCAACUGGUGGUAUGCCAAACAACCAACAAGCAUCACGUGCCAGUCGUCAACAACGUGAACGUACAGUUGGACCAAAAGCAUCAACAUUGAAAUUUGUUGGCGACUUCGAUUUCGAAAAAUCCAAUGCUGAAUUCGAUAAGAAUGCUAUUGAAGACGAAAUCAAGAAGAGUUUAUCAAUUAAACCAACAAAAAGCGAAACAACCAGCGAUUCGCCCAAGAGUGAACAAGAUAAAGAAAAUCAACCAACAAUGUCAUCAUCAACGCAAUCCGAAACUCAAGAAAUCAAUCCUGAUGGUUAUUAUGACAAACAAAAAAGCUUCUUUGAUCGCAUCUCAUGCGAAUCAACCACCAAAGAAAAAACAAAUACCCGACGCAACUGGAAUGAAGAACGUCGUGUUAAUGCUGAAACCUUCGGUUUGAAAUACCGUCCAACACCUCAAGCUGGAAACCAACGAUCAGGCUAUCGACGAACUAAUGGUCGCUAUCCCCGCACAAGCAAUGGUGGCUAUAGCAAUGGUGGCUAUGGCAAUGGUGGUUAUAGUAAUCGCAAUGGCAUGUACUACGGUAACUUCAACAGCCGAGUACGAGCUUAUUAA